UAAUUCGAAAUAUUGUUGAACUAUUCAAGUUCACUGCGGAUGCUCUUGAUUACGACGACUUGACACUAACGAGAACAUGUUUGGAUACAUACUUACGAGUUCAUCAAGCGAGUCGAAAAGCAAAUAUCGAGACCUGGAACAUGGUGAUUGUAAACCGAUAUCCGCACCUAGAUUGGAAAAAAUUGCAUCAGUUAGCGCAGCAAUCGCUUUAUGGAAUCACGCCACCGUCAUGAUGCCCAGUUUAAUCGUAAGUGACCCGACUGAUUGUUUAAAAGGAGAAAUACUCAAAUGCAUUGACGUCUUAUCGGUGCCCAAAUCGUCGUCGGAAUUAAUCGAGCGUAAUUUCCACGCCUUACAGAGUAAUGUGGAUCGAUGGGUCUCUUACGUUGCUGAUGAUGUAUUUUUCUGGGGAGACGAAAGAUCUGAUCUUUAUCAGUAUGUCAACUGUAUUAUUUGGCAUUCGAAUGGAUCCAUCAAUUCCGCAGAAACGGCUCGAAAUAUAUUAAAAUAUGAUAAAUUCUUGAAAUUCUUGUCAGAUGAGGAGAAGUUUCGUCUCGCUUGUACGUAUUGUCUGCGCGAAGAAAUAGAAAAAAUAUGGCCAAUGGUGAAGGAUUUCAACGUCGUUUUUGAAUUUCAGUUCUCUCAGUUCCCAUUGGUAUAUUAUUGGAGGUAUUACUUUUCCGAUAAUUUGGAUAAAAUACGAACGCCGGAAAAUCAGUCUAUCGAUGAGUUCAUGAUUCGGCAACGGCGCGUCGAUAACUGGCCAGCCAUCGAGUACUUUUUCGAUGGUUUAGAUGCAGAAAAACAAGUUACACAAGUUAUUUGGUCGAUUAACAAGCGCGAAUCAUCCGUUCAGAAAUUCCUAUUAGCGAAGCUGAGCGAAUCUCUACGUUUGCGCGUGAUCAUGGAUCGAUUUGUCCAAAUCAUGGAUAACUACACGUCGUCUAGUAAUAUCGACGAUGAUGAUUUAGCGAUUUCAAUCUGGCACGAUGCUCGCGAUCUAAUCACCGAAAAGCAAUUCUUUGAAUUAUAUAGCUUGCUGUUGAAAAACCGUACCGAAGACUUCGUUUUGGCGGAAAUUUGGAACACAGCUCGCGAAGAUUUCAAGCGCCAGAUUUUGAAUUACGGCGAUGAUGAUUUCAUUAAAAGAAUAUUGGAGAGGUGCGUAAGCGUCUAUAGACCGAUGCAGAGCUCUACUUUUUUAUCAGCUGUACUAACUGAUCACGUUAGUGCAGACGUUAGACGAGAAAUCACGAAGAAGGCAUUUUUCAACGAAUGGUGCGAAAAAUUAAUUCGUGAAAAUGCUGUAGAAGCGCUUGGCCAGCUGAUAAACUCGUUGAACUUCGGUGAACACUGCAAAUCACUAUUGGUUGCUCAUAACAUUCAAGCACUGGCUCUUGAAGACGUUAUUGAUCGAUCGCGAUCGUUUGGAAGAAGGAAUGCGUGAUGUUGCCACCAAAACAAGAAUGUUUUUGCAGUUGUUAUUGUAAUAAUUUUCAAUUAUGAAGAAGUUCCUAAAGUUGGUACCUAGUUUUGUUAGCAUUUAGUAUAGUAACUAUCGUUGUUUUUUUUUAUUUUUAUUUUUUAACGCUUUUACUUGUGAAGUUCCUGUUUUGUUCCUUUUUUUAUACAUAUUUCUGUUGUCUCAGAAAACUGAUUCGAGGAGUAGUCGCCUAUCUUGAAUUUUUAAAAUCAUUUUAUUAAUAAUUAUAGUAAUUUUAAAGUAAUUGAAUUUUUCUGAAAUACUCGUAUGUGUUUUUUGAGAAGUAUUUACAAAAGAAAAUUUAAAAAAAAAUUCCUAAAUCAAAGUAGGUACAUAUAUGUGUCGACGCAUACAGAAAUGGGACACGCGCCCAAAAACAAGUUUUUGACAAAAACGCGCUUAAAGUUUUUGAAGUCGUUUUUGAAUUUUCCAGUUGUAAUUUUAGAAAUAUUAGGAUGGUCACUGCUGGGUAUGUUUAAGACACACUCUGGUAGUCUCUUUGCGAACUUUUCGGGAUAAUUUUACAUUAUACAGGGUGGCUCAGUUAUAAUUGUGCUCAUUUUUUAAACAUUUUUUUACUUUUUAUUUUUUUUUUAUUAUUUUAAUUUUGAGAUCAAUUUGGAGGCGAAAUGGAGCGUUCCACGAGAAAAAUACGUCAACCAAACUUGUAGAGAAUUGAAUUUCCAACAACCUAUAAGAGAUUCAUUUUUCUCCAGAAUGCAUAGUUUUUCCGUUUUUCUCAAAAAACAAAAAUCUUACAAUGAUAUCGUAAAAUUUUCUUAUUUUGAGCAAAAACGGAAAAAAUAUGCAUUCUGGAGAAAAAUGAAUCUCUUAUAGGUUGUUGGAAAUUCAAUUCUCUACAAUUUUGGUUGAUGUAUUUUUCUCGUGGAACGCUCCAUUUCGCCUCCAAAGUGAUCCAAACAUAAAAAAAUCGAUUUUUUUUUGGUCUUUUUUAAAAAAAUUUUUAGGUACCUCACCUUAGAGCCAUUUUUUACCAGUUUAGAGUAAAAAUCCGGUCUCAACGAUGGUUCCAUUGAAUUCCACGAUGAAUUUUACAUAAAAAUCAAUCAUUUAAAAAAAAUCCAUUUUUGGGUCGCGUGUCCCAUUUCUGUAUGCGUCGACACAUAUGUGUCAUCAAUUCAUCAUAGAAUGUGGGUGGUCUGCGUCGUUUUAUUUCUUGAUUGAUCGAUCGGUUGAAAGAGAAAUACAUAGAGUUUUUAUUGUCCUUAAUUAUUUUUAAAUUUGCGAAAAUUACGUUCAUCAUGUUACUAUGUAUGUAGUCAGUAUUAUUGUUGAUCUACACUACCAGUUUUAUGUAUUUUAAUUUGUUGGGAUCUCUGAGGUAGCGUUCCUGUGUUUGUUUGUUUUUUUUUUUGUUUCUGUUUUUAGCGUAGCAUAAGUAAUUAGGUACUACUUUUCGAAAUGUUCGUUUUGUAAUGACUCGUAAUUGAAAAAAAUUAUAAA